AGUCUGGCAACGCUAGGGAGCGCUUAAAUAUUAAAAACUUUUUUGCUCCGCUGUUUUACUGAUUUACUUGUAAAUCCCCCCGAAAUGGAGCAGCAUUUUGAGCCGGAGACAACCGUAAAGAGUCCUGAAACGGACAUCCUGCAUCCCGACGACGCCCAGUACAUUUGGCUGCCCAUUUCGGUGCUCGUUGGCAUUUUUGUUCUGGCUGCUUUGGUCUACGUGAUGUCUCGUAGUCGCUGUCGGAUUUCCUGGGAUUACCUGAGACGCAGGAAGGCCCCGCGAAGUGGGUACAUCAAUGUGGACGAGGAGGAUUCCGAUGUGCCCAUGGCCUGCGGAGAUGAACUGGGGGAUCAGCAGAUUACAGCCAGCCUUCUAGCCGGUCGCCUGCACAUUCAGGAUGGAUCAAGUAACGCCUAGACUUCCAAAAACUUUAUUGUCUCCAAAACGGUGGUCUUCCUCGGUCAAGUUACUACUACUGCAAACUACGUGCCUCUACUACAAGUACAACGAAAAUAGCCCUAAUCC